AUGUAUCGCUACAACAAAGUUCUAGAUGCAACACUCAUUGCAUUAGUCUCCUUUCAUUUAGUUAUAUCCCCAUUCACCAAAGUGGAAGAGUCGUUCAAUAUCCAAGCAAUUCAUGAUAUCUUGAAAUUUGGUAUUUUCCCACUUGAGACAAUUGACAAUUAUGACCACAAACAAUUUCCUGGUGUCGUUCCAAGAACAUUUCUUGGAAGUCUUGUUGUGGCUGGAUUAGCAAAACCAAUAUUAUUGUUAAGUUCUGCAUUUGGGUUUGAAAUUGAGGGUUACGAGUUGCAAAAAUUGGUACGUGCCGUUUUGGGACUCGUUAAUGUACUUAUGUUGAUUCGCUUGAGAGAUAGCAUAAAUAAGAUAACCUUUAGCGACAAGAAAAGUAAAAGAAAAGGUUUGAUUGGUUUCUGGUAUACGACUCUUUUAUUGUCCCAAUUCCAUUUGCUUUACUAUUCGUCGCGUACUUUGCCCAACUUUAUUGCCUUACCAUUGGUCAAUUUUUCUCUUAGCAAAAUCAUUCAAGGCGAUUUAUCGGGUCUUACAUGGUUAGCAUUUACAGGUAUUGUUUUUCGAUUAGAAGUAGGAUUGUUUGGAUUAAUCAUCGCAAUUGUGUCGUCGUUGGGUUUUGGCCAAUCUAACAUUUUUGGUAACAUUAUUUACUUGGCCAUGGGUACUUUACUAGGUGGAUUUACCAGUUUUUGUAUUGACUCCUAUUUUUGGGGCAGACCUUUGAUUCCUGAAAUAGACUCCUUUAUUUUUAAUAUUGUUCAAGGAAAAUCUACCGAAUGGGGAACAGAGCCAUGGGAUACAUAUUUCAAAAAGUACUUGUUUCAAUUAUUCAGGCCACCAGUUAUAUUGAUGUUGGCUAUUCCAGGAUUAAUUAAUGAUCCAGCCAAUGAUGGUACCAAAUUUGGAGAUAAGAAAUCUGUCCCCCACCCUGCAAGGUAUUCAUUGCGUAUUUUGUUCAUCUCCUCUAUUUUGUUUAUUGCUGCAAUGUCUUUCCAACCUCACAAAGAAUGGAGAUUCAUUGUUUAUACUAUUCCAAUUUUCACAUUACAAGCUGCAAAUGGAGUAACAAACAUUUGUCAAAAAUGGGGGUUAAGCGUUCUCAACAAGGUAUUGAUUUUUAUUAUUGGGGCAAAUGUUAUUAUUAGUUCUUUAUUGUCGUUGCACAUGGGCUAUAUUUCUAGUUUCAAUUACCCAGGCGGUGACGCUUUACAAUUCACAAACAAUUAUAUUUUGGAAAACUACAAAAAUGAAACCGUGUCUGUUCACAUGGAUGUUCCAGCGUGUAUGACUGGAAUUACUAGAUUUGGAGAAUUGGAUGGUAAAUUUGCUAGUUAUGAUAAGAGCGAACAAGAUUUUGAUAUCACUAACUACGAUAUUAUAAUUACUCACAACGAAGUCCCAAACUGGGAGUUAUUACAUUCAUCAAGAGUGUUUGAUGGAAUUUCUCUCAGAAUGUUUAUACAAAUCUUUAUGGCUCAAAGAAAAGACAGACUGACCAUCUUUAACAUUACAAAAUUAAUAUUAAGUGAAUUUGCUCAAGGAGAAUUUGGAACAGUUCAUGAUAUGUUGAGGUCAACCAUCACAACGGUCGAGUAUUUAAACGUUUACAAAAAUGUGAAUAAAAACCCACAUAUGGUACAAGGUGUGCCAGAAACAAAGAUUAUCGACCAAGAGAUUGAUCCUGAGGAAAUUCGACAAGAUGUAAACGAGCAGAUAGACAAGUUUGAAAGUGCUGUAUUAUAA